CCUAGGGCAGGAGUGGAAGUGCUGCUCUCCUCCUCCUCCUCACUCUCUUUAUGACUUGCUGCCAGUGUCUUCUCAAAUUCUUGCAAACAAGCAUCUCAUGCUGGCAGGACCCCUGUGCCUGCUGCCUGGAGGCUGGGGUAUCUCUUGCACCUGUAAUACCAGCCAGGUGCCUUGGCAUGCAUUGAUCUGUCAGCAGGAUCUUAGCAGGCACUGUGCAAACUGAGAGAGGACACAUGGCAGGCUGGGAGUUUAGCAUGGCAGUGCUUAUGGCGUGGGUAGCUGUGAUAGCUGCUAAGGGGCAUCUGAACUGCAAGGAAGUCCGUGCCAGUUUCCACACUCUGCAGCCUGGAGUGAGAUGGGUGCCAGAAUCUCCAGUGUCAGGAUCAGAUCUACAAGUCUGUGUCACAAAAACCUCAACAUGUUGUUCCAAGAAAAUGGAGGAGAGAUAUCAAGUUGCCUCUCGUGUAAACAUGGAGCAGCUCAUUCAGACUGCCAGCGCUAAACUGAAGUUCCUGAUAAUUCAGAAUGCAGCUAUAUUUCAGGAAGCAUUUGAAAUGGUAAUACGGCAUGCAAGGAAUUACACGAACACAAUGUUUAAGACUCAUUACCAAAACAUCUCAUCUAAAACCUUUAAACUGGUCGGUGAAUUAUUCACAGACAUUUCACUCUAUGUCUUGGGUUCCGACAUUAAUGUGAAUGAUAUGGUGAAUGACUUUUUCGAUGGCUUGUUCCCGGUAGUGUAUGGCAGUUACUUGAGCCCUGGAUUCAAAGAGUCAGUGGAAAGUGUAGAGUGUCUUCGACUGGCCAGACGAGACGUCAGUGCGUUUGGUCAGUAUCCAAAAACAAUCAUGACACAAGUAUCCAAGUCCUUGCAGGCUUCUCGAGUUUUCCUUCAGGCUCUGAAUCUCGGCAUCGAAGUGAUUAAUACUACUGACUAUUUAAAGUUCAACAAGGACUGUGGUAAGGCACUACUGAAAAUGUGGUACUGCUCCCACUGUCAAGGUCAUUUACUGGCACGACCAUGCGCUGGAUAUUGUGGGACUGUAAUGCGAGGUUGCCUUUCUAGCGUUGGGGAAAUAGACUCUUACUGGAACGAAUACAUUGCAUCAAUUGAGAAACUUGCCAAAGAGAUGCAUGGGAUUUAUGACCUAGAACGUGUUCUACUUAAUCUGUUUUCACUCAUCCAAGAAGCUGUAGUAAUUGUUGUAAAGAAUGGAGGAAGGCUUUCCACUGCGGUUCAUAAAUUAUGCGGCACUUCAAAGCAUAGAGUUUCAAGGUCAGUACGUAACGGAGGAGAUACAUAUAUCAACAAGAAGGCGUUCAAGGUCAAUACGGACAAUGAAGAAACCUUGUCUGGAAAAAGGAGGGAGUUUAUAAUGAAGCUGAAAGCCUACAGUCAUUUUUAUGGCAGUCUGCCUGCCCUCGUCUGUCGUCAUCCCACUGUAGCUGAAAAUGACACAUCCUGCUGGAACGGACAGGAGAUAGUUGCAAGGUUCCAGCCCCAUACAGUGAAAAACGGCUUUAAGCUUCAAACAAGCAACCAAGAAGGAAAGGCGAGGAGUGCCGAACCCGUAAUUAACCAGAUCAUUGAUAAAUUGAAUCAUGUCAAUCAGCUUUUAAAAGGAAUGUCAACGCAACGAAGGAAAAAGAUGGGAAAAAUUACAGGGGAAGAAGAUUCACAAAGCGGUGACUGUGAUGAUGAAGAUGAGUGUGAGGACGGAUCAGGAAAAAGUGGAUUAAGAAUAAGGAAUCGGCUUCGUUUUAUACCAGAACUGAACUAUGAUUUGGAUAUCGACGACGUUCCAUUUAACAAGCAGAUGCGAAACCAGCAGGAUCAGAAUGGCAGAGAAACAACCCCCCUCCAGCCUAGAAGUGACAGCAUAAAGACUGUCCCUGCCACACCACUUCUUUCCCUCACAAUCACCUUGUUAGGACUUGUCUCAGUGAACUGAUCCUCCAAGUCUUAAUCCUUCCCUGUUCUGGUAGCUACAUAAUGUUCCUAGCUGAAUUUUACAAUUUAUAACAUUUCUCGGGCCAUUGUAAAGUCUUCUUGGAGAACAACAAAAAAAGAAUUUUAUAUAGUAAUAUUAUUAAUGUAUUAAUAAAGAACAUUUCUUUGUUCACAGAUUUUA